UGAUAACAAGGCGAGCGCUGUUCAGCAGGAAGUCAAGCUAUAUCAGAGAAGUGCGCAUGCGCCGCAGCUCUCCACAAUCUAGGGCUGCGUUUCUCUUCAUAAAACGAUGAACAAACUCCUGGAUAGCUGUUAUAUGAAAGCAGCCCCCCUCUGUAGUCUACUCUGAGUGUGAUGGCGACCACGGAGGAGGUCACGGUGUCCAUGGGGGAGGUGGUGAUGGUGAAGACUGACGGUGAAGGGGACCCCGAUGACCCAAAUAAGACUCAGGUCAUCCUCCAGCUCCAGCCAAUCACCACUGGAGAUGAAUCUGCUGAAACGGAUGCAGCUGUCAUGGCUGUUGAAGCCCAUCCAGAACAAACUGAAGGAGAUGACGUUGAAAUUGGAUGUCCCAUAACAUGCGGCGACUGUAAAGCUGUGUUGCUGGUGAAGAAAUUUGUGUGCCCAGGAAUCAAUGUAAAAUGUGUGAAGUAUGAAGACCAGCUGAUCAGCCCGAAGCAGUUUGUGCACAUUUCUGGAAAAGCCACCCUGAAAGACUGGAAGAGAGCCAUCAGGAUGGGUGGAGUAAUGCUAAGAAAAAUGAUGGAUUCAGGUCAGCUGGACUUCUACCAGCACAGCACACUGUGCACCAACACGUGUCGCAGCACCAAGUUUGACCUUUUAAUCAACAACACGCGGUUCCCUCCCGAUGGCACCGGACUUACUACGCCCACCUCCUCUCAAGCUCAGGUGGUCCUGGGUAACGGCGGGGUAGUGGGCGAGGACAGGGCCGAGGUUCUGAGUGGCAAGGCGGACUGGAGCUCAAUCUCACUGGAGUCUAUCGACAAGAAGGAAUCGAAUGAGAUCUCAGAGGACACACUGAACUUCUGGAAGGGCAUCGCCGACGUGGGUUUGCUGGGUGAAGUGGUGACCAACAUCAGCACAGAGCUGCUGGAGCUGCUGAACGGCGUGCAGCAGCGCAGGGAGCCAGCUGGCUUACAGGACACAGAUUCCUGUCUGGUAGAGGUGGCGGUGCUCAGUAACCUUGCCCAAGUGUUCGGCCUGCUCGACUCGGUCAAGAAAAUCCUGGAGAGGAGGAAGCAGCAGACGGAUCCCUGCCAGGAGCAAAUCCUCAGCACGCUCACCAACCUGGAGGUGCAGCUAGAAGAACAGAGGAAGCAGCAGCAGGUGCGAGCUCUCCUGUCCUGCCCGCAGCCUGCCAAAAACAAAACUCCCACCAAGCGCCAGACCAAGCGGCCUCGUCUCCAGAGGCCCGCCUCCACCACCACCCUCCUGACCUCCCCCGUCAACCAGCAGGCCACCCUGCAGCCCCAGCAAUUCACCGUUCUUUCCCCCAUCUCUCUGUCCUCCGUGGGUCAGCCGUUCACCGUGGCAGGCCUGCCCAUGGCCACACUGGCCCAGUCCUCCAACACGGUCACCCUGCUCCCCGCCGGCUCACAGCUCUUCACCCGCUACAUGGUGACCGGAGACGGAAAGGCGGACACCAUCACCUUGCACCCGUCGUCGGGCCUCACGCUCGUUGGCACCACCGCCAUGCAAGACUCCAGCCAGCUGGGCACAAUGAUGAGCCCCUUAGAGCUGGUGCACCUGAGCCAGCAGGCCGGCAGCACAGAGGUGGUGCCCAUCGAAGGCCAGGUGGUGGACGGCACCAUGCUGGUGCAGCAGGAAGUGAUGCAGGGUGAGGUGGAGGCCGGCCAGGAGCACACGGUCAUCGAGAUCAACCCGGCUCCAAUGGAGCAGGCGGUGGGAGUGAUGGAGCUGCAGCUGACCGGGGAGUCGGGCCAGGACGGGGCGGCAGUGAUGGUCCAGAGCGGGAUGGAGGUGACGAUGGCUGCAGGGGGGGAGGAGACGCAGUGCCAAAUGCAGGAGGCGCAGACUGAAGGGGUUCAGGGGCUGCAGCUGGAUGCCAGCGGACAGUUGUCAGGCGUACAGAUAGUGGUGAUAGGAGAAAACACUCAGGAAGAAAACAAGGUCAAAUGAGACACAACUCCUAUUUUAUCCAGCAGAGCAGGUCUGGACUCGUACUGAGCUGCCACAGACUUGUGAAACUGUAAAUACACAGAAUUUCCAAAUCCACAAAUUGCCUUGGCCUAAGACCAAGCACUAGGGUAGCCAUUGUUCCUUUUUUGUGUGUGUGUGUGUGUGUGUGUGUGUGUGUGUGUGUGUGUGUGUGUGUGUGUGUGUGUGUGUGUGUACAUGCUCCUCUCAACAUUUGUUGAUUUUUAUUGAAACAAAGAGGCAUCAGAACAUGGAGGAUACCGUAUGCUUCUGUUUGUUUUGUAUUCAAAGGAUAAUUCCGGCUUAUCACAACUUGGGUCAGAUAUUUGUAAUGUUGGCUAUAGUUUCUAGCUGUGAUAAUAACAUUGCACUCAGAAAUUAGCCAAAAAAAAAAAAAGCAAUAGCCGAUAUUUUCAUGCAAUGGCUCAACUUACUCAUCUACUUACUCAACCUGAGGGUGCUGUGCUCAUUUUACUUUUCCUACCAACUAGCUACAACAUAGAGAGAUUGGGAGAGAGUUGAAAUGAGCUGGACAGUUUCCUCAUAGAAGGUGGGUGGGAUAAAAUGCCUAAAGCGUGUGGUUUUCUAUUUAAACAUUCAACGUACAUGAAGUGGAAUCAGAGCCUGACAGAAACUAUGGCCAAAACUACAAAAAAAACCUGACUUGUAAUUACCUGGAAUUAUCCUUCAGGCCUCCACGAACAACCAACAACGAGGACAAGAGGACGCACUGUAACCCUUAAGUCUGCACGCAGGGCUUUAAUGGUGCUGAUGGUUCGUCAGUUCACAUCCUCUCAUACUGACUCAGUAGCAGCAGGCUGCCUCUACUGUUGAUCAGACGUAUUACCAGUAACAGUGUUGGUGUCACUUGAGGCUGGGAUUAAUUGCACUGUCUGUCGUGUCGUAGCGUCGCCUCCAAGCUGUAUUGUUUUUGCACUGUGUGUCGUCCUUUCAGGACUACAGGAAGACGUUUGCAACAAUGCCUGCUCUCUAAACAUUUCUUCAGAAUGUGGUCACCCUGGCGGGUGUGCAGGGUGUUUACUUUUUUUUCUUUUUUUUUUUUUCUUCUGUGCAUAGUUAAAUGGAAACGGACUGAACUCCUCUCACUGGAAAUGCAUUGCUUAUGCACUUAUUCCCUCAGUGGUUUCUUACUGCUUGAUUUCAUUCACAAACUCCAUUUAUUUUCUUUAAUGUGACCAUCUAUUGCUUUAUCUCAGUAUGAUAGGUAGUGUGAGCUACUGGGCUGAUUGUUUAAGUCAAUAUAUAAAAAAAAACAUAUAUAUAUAUACUUAAUGUCAAACUUGGUAUGCCUGUAUUUUACACUUGUAAAGUAGUGUCAUAUUUAUUAGUUUCCAGGCUGGUGAGAUGGGCCUCUCUGUUUAAAGUGCAAACAUGAAUUAAUUUAUGCUCUGGGCUGAAGUUCACAUCAACAAAGACCUAUUCAAUACUUGUGCAUUUCCAGUAAUUUAAUUUAACAAAUGAGGGUAUUUGCAUAUUGACUUUGUAAUGUGUUUUAAUAUCAGAUUAAAACUGAAAAGUGUUA